GGCCACCAAAAACUGAAACUGAAAGAAGAAGAAGAAAGUUUUUGUUGUGGUUACAAAUUGAGUGAUAAGUUUUAUUUUUUUAAAUUUUAAACUAGAUUAUUAGAAAGAAAAAUUAAAAUCACCAUCACAUUUAAUUUAUAAACUUCAUGUCUACUGAAUUCAAGCAAAUAAAUUCCUAAUAAACUUUCCAAUUCGAGUAAAUUGAUAAAAGAAGACAAGAAGAGUACCCGAACCCAAAUCUGAAUCUGAAUCUGAAUCCGAAGUAAGGAAGACAGCUGCUGUCAAAAAUAAUAAACUAGAGAAACUACGCUAUGGAUUUCGAGAGCCUUACCAAUCAAAAGGAGCCGCACGCUCGUACAAUCAUUCAUUUUGAUAUGGAUUGUUUCUACGCACAAGUCGAGGAGCUUCGUGAUGUAUCGCUACGAACUAAACCAUUAGGAAUACAACAAAAACAAAUUGUAGUUACUUGUAACUACGUAGCUCGACAGUAUGGUGUGACGAAAUUAAUGCUUAUAUCUGAAGCAAAAAAACUCUGUCCCAACAUUGUAUUGGUCAAUGGUGAAGAUCUAACAAAUUACAGGCAAAUGUCAAACAAAAUCUUCGAAAUUGUCCACAAGUACACGCCUUUGGUUGAAAAAAUGGGAUUUGACGAAGACUUUGCCGAUGUGACUGAUUUAGUUGCCAGUCGAUGGAAAGCUGAUGUCAGUGUGGAAAUCGAAGGUUACGUCCAUCCGCUAGAUUAUGAACUUACAGAAAAUUGUGAUUGUGGCUGUGACAAGCGACUAGCUAUUGGUUCACAAAUUGCCAAAGAAAUACGUCAAGAAUUAUUUGUCACGCUUGGCAUUACGUGUUGUGCUGGCAUUUCUUAUAAUAAACUUUUGGCGAAGCUUGUUGGAAGCACAAACAAACCCAACAAGCAGACUGUUUUAAUUUCCAACUAUGCGGAAGAGUUUAUGCGUGAAAUAAAUAAUCUGCACGCGAUAACGGGAAUCGGUCAGAAGACCGAAGCAUUAUUGCUGGAAAGCGGGAUUGGGAAUGUUAAUGAACUGCAAAACUGCGAUAUAGAUAUGCUUAAAAAGAAGCUGGGCUUCGAAACGGCCACCAGACUGAAAGCGCUCUCAUUUGGACGAGAUACGGCUCCUGUGCGUCCAACUGGCAAGCCAAAAACUAUUGGACUAGAGGACGCUUGCCGACCUAUUUCCGUGAAGAAAGAUGUGGAAGAAAAAUUUCGCAUGUUACUCAUGCGACUUAUUGAGCAGGUAUCCGAUGAUGGUCGCAUCCCGAUUGCAAUAAAAGUUGUUUUACGAAAAUUUGAUUCGGCCAAAAAAACAAGUCAUCGAGAAACAAAGCAAGCAAAUAUUCUGCCCUCAUUAUUCAAAUCAAAUCCCAAUGGUCAAAUCACACUGGCUGAAGGUGCCCUCUCAAAACUUUUAAAGAUAAUCAUGCGAUUGUUCGAAAGAGUUGUUGACUUAGAAAAACCCUUUAACAUCACUCUAAUUGGAUUGGCUUUUUCGAAGUUUCAACAGAGAAAAAUUGGAUCAUCGUCAAUUGCUAAUUAUUUAAUAAAGAAAACAGACUUAGAAGUUCAAUCGGUUACCUCUAUAACUAGCGAUGAAGCUUUUCUGUCGUCCCCUCAAACAUUCCGUCCCAGUGACCAGUUUUAUAGGCGCCGUACAACUGCAUCACCGAUUCCAAUGAAUGUUGAUUUGGAAGCACCAUCCUCCGACAUAUCAGACUUUUCCGAAAAUGAAGUUGAGCCAUCACCGAAGAAAAGUCGCUUCAGUCUACUGAUUGCCAAACGGAGAUGUCUUUCCGGCAAUGACGCCAAUGACAUUGCAUCACCAAGUAAGCUGCGUGUAUCCGAUCUUCGACUGAAUUCCCGUGAUAGUGAAAAGGAUAUUUCAAUGAGCCCCAUUUCAUCGCCAUCGACUUCCUUUCAAAUACCCACAGCUAAAAGUUCAUCUCCACAAUUUAUAAACUCUUCACAAACUUCAUUGAUUAAUGGCUGUGACGAAAGUCGUGACACUGGCGAUAUGGUCUGCGAUCCAAUCGCUUCUAAAUCAGAACAACCAAACACAUCGACAUCGCAACAACAACAAGAAUCAUCACACGCAGAGGCCUCAUCGAAUGACUCCUCAGCCGCCUCAAAAACAACUAUUACUGGAAACUUGUCGAACAUUCCAUGUCCGACAGGUGUCGACCAAAGUGUAUUCAAUGAGCUGCCGCUUGACGUACAAAAAGAGCUCAUAAGUUCGUGGAGAAGUUCAAUGGCAACAAAAGCUAACAAUUUGAAUACAAGUACGGCUGCUACAAGUAAUUUAAGUAAUACCACAAUGGCUGGAGGCCAAAAAAACACCCUCUAUAGGUAUUUCCUAAGGAACAAAUAAUGAAUGACAAAACUUUAAUUUAAUAAAGCUUAAAGCUUAAAGUGUAAAUUAUUUCGAAAAUGAAUUACAAGCGUAUAAGAAAAUCUAUUUUUUUAUUUUGUUACAAAUAAAAUAGAGUUAAAAAGUUUUUUUGUACCAAUAAAAAUAGUUAACAAUUUUCUACA